AUGAACGGGAUUCGUACAGCUUUGCGUAAACUUCCUCCAGGCACGGUGAUCAAAAUCCUUCGAAAAGUAUUUUCGCUUCCUGCACCGGCAGCUCGUUUAAUUCUCAAUGAUGUAACUCGUCCUCGGCAAUCACACCGUCCCUGGAUCCACAAAGUCGCCAACGACGAUUGGAGUGGUUGUUGGAUCGGUGAAGGCGUGCGAAAAAUGUCUGAAACCCAAUUAAUGGAAUACAUUCACAGUUGUGAUGUAGUGAUUUUCAACGUGCACGGUGGCGGAUUUCGAAUCGGCACCAGCACCAUGUAUAUGGACACUUAUAUCUCGUGGAUCACUGUACUAAAAGAAAAAGGUCUAAAGUGCUGCAUCAUGUCCAUCGAUUACAGACUGGCACCCGAGUUUCGAUAUCCUAGUCCGGUGGAAGACGUAGUCAAAGCGUAUCAACAUCUAACAAUGACAUUGGAGGUGGAGGGAGCAAAGAUUAUUACUGCAGGCGACUCGGCAGGCGCCGCGCUCAUUUUGGAAAUGCUGUUUAUUACGCAUGAUCCAAGUAUGUUCGAGAUCGUCACGGAUGAUCCGGAGCAGGAAAGCAGUCCUGGGAACACGCUGAUGGAGUUGCCACGACCGGCCGGCAAUGUUCUUAUCAGCCCUUUGGUGACGGAUGAAACGACGUCGGAAUCAUGGCAAACAAAUGUAAAAUACGAUUACAUCACACAAUACACUGCCAAAGUGAUUAAGCGCGAUUAUUUCGAACCUAUUCGAUCAUCCAAAGACGAAGAACCACCGGAGCCCAACCAAGUGCUCGGUAUCGCUAAACUGCAGACAGGCUUCCGAGCGUUCCUGAAUUCGCACGUCCUCAUGUAUAUUGGUCAUCGCGAAGUGUUACGAGACGAUGCUUUAGAUCUAGCCGCUAAAGCCGAGAACGAUGGAGUCGAAUGGCAGACCGUCAUGGAAGACUGCGUACACGAUUGGUUUUGUGUACGUGAAGUGGUCAAAGAUCGUAGUAUUCUGAAACGAGCGGACGAGACGUUUGCGCAAUUUUGCGUUCGAGCACUUCAACAUGAACAAAUGAGUGUGCCUUCACUUUUACGCACGAGUGCCGAAGGUCUGGAAGCCGUGCCUGAGGAGAAGGACGAAGAUGAGGAUGAAGACGAAGACGAAGAUGAGGACGAAUUUUAUGAAGCGCUAUCCGAUGAUGUAGUGGAGAAAUUGGUGAUGCAGGACCUGGCCGAUGAUAAACGUGCAUCGAAGCGAUCCGUCAUGACAGUCUAUGUCUAA